AUGGCAACCACUAGAGAAGAGGAUAGUAAAUGGGUCACCGUGGGCCCCAGUGACGCCCAGGUGGACAUUCCAAGAGAUAUCACACACGUGACUCUGCAACCCGAAACGGAUCUAAUAGAAAAGUAUGGCUUCUAUGGAUGUGAAGCCUUGGUAGAAGUUGAUGCUCCUCUCACGUCAAGGCUACGCAUCAUUCGAAGCCAGGCUUUCUAUAAUUGUAUCAAGCUGAAAAGAAUUGCAAUUCCAAAGACAGUCAAUCAGAUCAACAGCCAUGCCUUCUUUUGGUGCGAAUCGCUGACCAGUAUUUCACUGGUCCAAACCCAACUGAAAACCAUUGGAGGCUACGCCUUCGCCUAUUGCUUGUCGCUAAAGGAGAUAUUGCUGCCUGCUACCAUCAAGGUGAUUGAAACUUGUGCCUUCUUCGACUGCAAGCAGCUGAUCAAUGUGGAAUUUCCUGAAGGUUUGGAAGUUAUCAUGGACAAUGCCUUUAAAAUGUGCAACUCGUUGGAGAUAGUUCACAUUCCUUCGACAGUGACCAAGAUUGGGCAGCGAGCCUUUACCAACUGCUCCAAAAUUCAAACGGUAGAGAUUGCAUUGGAAAGAUCCCUGCUCCGCGAGAUCAACGCAGCUGCCUUUCGCGGCUGUUACGAACUCCAAAAUAUUGCCAUUCCCAGCGAUACCUUGGUGCAGAGCGAUACCUUUCGAUUGUGCCCCCAGCUGGCCGAGAACCUGGCCGGUAAUUUGCCACCUGAUUAUGACGAAGCCAUGACGGAGUUUCUCAAGCAUCGCUUCGAUGACCUGCCGCUGCACAAACUCUGCUAUUCAAUUUCCUAUGAGAGCCAAGAAAUUAUUGCCGAAAAGAUUGAACACCUGCUACUGACAAAUGAUAAAGCUUGUUGGUACAAAGAAUAUGACGCUCUGAGAAAAACACCUGGACAUCUUCUCGCACUAGCAUCCAAUUGCACUCAAGAUAGUGAUUUCCACAAUGGCGUUCUCACCAUACUGUAUUCCAAGCCCAUACAAUCAUUGGGCCUUGAAGACUGGCGAUCCGCCUUGCGAUCAGUGAUAGUGGACUACACGAAUACAUUGACUCGAGAGGACAGAAUUUUUCGAAUUGAUGAAAUAAUAUCCAUGUUCGAGUCUCUCGAGCUGAUGGAGGCUACAUCGCUUUUGGAACUGGCACUAUGGAAGGCCAAGAUGAAAUCCUGGAGAGAAGACAACCCAAACACGAAUGAUGCUAGUCUCGAUGAUCCGGAACUACGAAAAGAAUGCUUUGUGCAAUGUGGUUCUCAUACAAUCAUCAAUAGUAUCCUCCCAUUUGUCAAGCAGAAUCGAGCUCCCAUGGUGCCAUUUUUCAGCAAUAAUGGAGACAAUGAUGAUUCAAUCAGCAAUGAAACUGCCAUCAGUUGGUGA